GUUUGCGCUUCCCCACAUUUGGACGCCGCUGCCGUCGCCAGUCGAGCCAGUCAUCCACGGCCUUGCUCGGUGUGACCCGCUUCGUCAUCGUCGAUAGCUGCCAUCUACACAGCACUUCUGCCAAGGUUGACCAUGGCCCCCCCGGAUCUGAACUCUCUACCACAAUCCUCACCGGUUCCUACACCUCUCCAUCCUACAGCUAUGACGAGUACGACUACACCGACGUCCACAAAUGGAAACGCCAAUGCAAGCACCAGUAUGAGCUUGGGCGGGGACAGAACCAGAAGUGAAGGUGGCGGCGGAGAGCCAGCCCUACGCGGCGAGUCACCCUCGCCUUCACCGCGCUCAGCUUCCAUCUCGUUACAGGCCGCCGCCACCGUCAAUGCUGGCUUGCAACAUGAAUCCGGACGACGUCCCUCGGUUAGCUCCCUUUCGCGCCAACGCCAAUCACCUCAAACCGGACGACGACGAUCAGUUGUCCUUAUGAAUCUCCAACUCAAUGACCCUACAUUACCUGCCCCUGGUGAACUAGUCGCAGGUGGCGCAAAUAAUAGCCAUAAUAAUGACAACACCUCAAGUCCACAACCCUUUUCGCUAUCAUCUCCACUCCUAACAGGCCGGGAACCUACUCACAAUAGGGCCCCAAGCCUCGGGGAACUUCACCAGGAGCUCGAAGCUGAGCAAGAAGCGCAGGUGAACCGACUUCUGCAGAUGAUUCGCCAACAACAACUUCAGCUUCAGCAACUCCAGGCUGCCCACGGCCAGUCCCAGUCCACAGUAGCGGCCGAGGAUCCUCCAUCGACCUCUGAUCGCUCCGCUUCCCUGUCCCACCCACCCGGUGUGCCACCAUCCCUCCCUACGCCGUCGGGUUCGAUCCCAAGGUCACCUUCCAUUUCUCACCCACGAUCCUCUUUCGAUCUUGCGCGAGACGCUCUGCAUCGUCGAUCUAGAACACCUAGCCGUGGCGCUUCUUCGCCAAGACUAAGAUCAACCUCAAUCAGUCAGGAGGGCGAGCCCCAUCUAUCUGGUGUUCGGGACGAAACCACCUACUACCAGGCUGAAACACAAUCUCUUAUCCGUGAGAAUCAAAUGCUGCGUCACAGAAUCCGCGAGCUUGAGCGCCAGAUAAGCGAAGCACAAACAAGCGUGUCCGUCACGAGGGAACCUGUACAACCGUCGCAAUUGACUCACUCAACCUCUGUGUCAGAAGCGGAUGCGGGGCAGUCCUCGUCCUCCUAACUGGCAGCAGAUUCGGAUAACAAGGACGAAUAGUGUAACAUAGUAUCCGCCAAUGGUAGGCUAUUGGGUGUUGGAUACCCAGAGGCCUGACUAUCCUAUGUUUGGUCAGACAAAACUUCCUAGAGUCCUAUCCUAUCAAGCCGGCUCUCCCAGGGUUGUAGGGGAGCGGCAAGACACACUCGUGACAGAAGAGAGCCCGAUCCUAGAUGGCAUGUGUAGUCUUGUAUGACCACCAACUUUAUCGCGCUCUCUAGUGAGAAGAUGACCCAU